AUGUCCUCCAACGACACCGACAUGAACGCCUUCGACUCAGCGUCUGCCGAGGGUACUCUCCACACACUCACCAUGGAAGCCUUCCGUGUGGACCUCGCCUCGCUUGCCCAUGGCUUCAACGUUGCCUCAGCCCAGCUCAAGUUCGUCAAGCACGACGCUCUCCUCGAGUUCUACGACCUCCACGACGACCUCGGCGCUCUCGACUCGGACACCUACGCCCGCGUCAUGCCGGCCAUCAUGGCCGGCCACAAGGCCUACCUCGAGAGGUCCUGUCGCGCUGCCCAGCCGGGCACUGAUGUCAUCGACGCGCACUACUUUGCCAUUCUUCUCGUGCACGCCGUCAAGGCGCGCAUGGACAAGGACAAGUAG